UGUGAUUUGUUUAUAUAUGUAGUGCCAAAUUGUGAUGAGCUAUGAGCGUAAAAAUCUUCCUGCCCAAUUUUCUUUUCCACACUAAAGAAAACUGUGAUAUCUAUGGAGAAAUACAGAUCAACGAAAACAAUUCCGUAUCAUACUUUGUUAUUGCACAUCGUACUCAUGAAAGCAGCAGCCAAACGGCGUCGGCUGGCAAAAACCUGCGCCACUUAGGACAUAUUUUCCGAGCUGGCCAAACCUCGGCAUUACAGCGCCGUGAUGUUGCUCUCAGCUUCGCCUAUGACGAGGAUACAUCAAACAUUUACUUGCUCAAAUUGAGCAUAAAACCUGCGGAUACAACACACGCGAAUGUCUUCCUUUAUGAUGUGCCAAAGAUGUUGCAACUUCACCGAUACAGCGUCAAAAACGCAACCAAUAAUGCGCCUAGUAUUGAACAUAGUAGUUUUGAAGGUCAUUGUGACGACGACAGUGAACAAUUUAAUGAUGUUAACAUGUUAUGCCGCCUAUUGAACGAAAAUCAGGAGGAGAAUAAAAGAUUGCAUAAGCGUAGCAUUUAUGGUCCUUUAAAACGAACAUUUUAUUUUCUGUCCAACUUAAUAACUAAUACCGUAAUUCUCUUGCUGGAGGCGCGACUUAUUGUAUCACUGCUGCGUAAGACAGUUAUAUAUGAUCACUAUUUGGAAUGGCGUCAAUACCGUGAUUAUGGAAGACGUAAACUCAAUAUUACAGUGGACAAACUUCUAGGUGUUUGUGUUAUGUUGUUUUUGCUUUUCUACGUUGCUCAUCCUGGCGAUUAUCUGCUAACAACGUCACAUCUAGUUAUCCAAAAAUUACGUCUGUUGUUACGAUCGCUUAAAGGCAGCCCCAUUGGCUUAAAACUAAAUGAGCACCUUAACAAUUUUUUGCUCGAUUGUUUUAACUAUCACAUAGAUUUGUGGGCCAAAUUUUUGGAUCUCAUUGAACCGAUAGUGCGUCAACUCUUCGUACCGAUUGCACUACUUGGUCUUAUCGGUUUAUCUUUUCAAUUAUCAUCGUUACCUUUUUUGAUAUCCAUUAUUGGUCUACAUGCACAUUGCUUUUAUAUAUACACAGCAGUAUUGCACAAAGUGGAAAUCAAGGGCAUUCAAGUACUCUGGAAAGUGAUGCUGGGAAAACGGUACAAUGUGCUCAAAAAUCGUGUCGAAUCGCAUAACUACGUCAACCGCCAGCUGUACCUAGCGACCAUAUUUUUUACAGCACUACUCUUUCUUUUUCCAACUGUACUAGUCUACUACGUGGUAUUUACGACUUUACGCCUCUGCAUUUAUCUAGUUAAUUUAGCCAUUCAAGUAUUACGUCGAAAUCUUUUGGAAUUUCCGCUUCAAAGGUUACUGCAGUGGACUAUUGGUCAAUUUUACGAUAUAGAGAGUAUAUAUCUCGCUCAUAUACCACAUUCGCCUUCGCCUUUGCUGCAGCCAGAAGCUACAAAAAUACAUAUGUCCGUUUUUAAAUUAAAUAUACAAAAAUCGCCGUUGAGCAGGGUGUUUUCAUGUGAAAGUGGAAUCCUGCAAGAUUUUCAAGCAGAUGAUAGGAUGUCAAUUAAAAAUGCGUUUAAUCGAAUGCUCAGAGGAACAUUUUAAUGGUGUUUGUAGAUCUUAUUUCAUCUAACCAUGCCAGAUAUGAAAAAAUCCGAGUCAAAUGAAAUAAUAGUAUUAGUUUUGAAAACUUACUAAAAUUUAAAUAAAAUUUAAGGAUUUCAUAUAUCAAAACAAUGUAUUAAACAUGCCAUUUAAUUAGUUGUAGAUAUGUACAUUUAAUAUGCAUGCCACAAAUAAAAAAAGGGGUGCAUAUUAUAGUCGCAGGGUCACAAUUUGGCAUUGAGAGCUCGUCCGAAAAAUCGAAAUUUUCGGAGAUUAGACCACAAUGUGACUAUGAACACGCCCUUAGCUUUGACUUAAGGUUCAAAUAAA